GUCUACUCCCAGGGGUCCUGGUUCCAGCCUGCCCCCCCCUCCCCUCAGCCUUUGGGCGGUGUCCCAGGCAAAUCCCCUUCUCAAAACAAGGUCCCUGUGUCUGGAACUCCACCCUAGCGUGAAUAAAAUAAGGAGAAUUUCAGGCAUUCCCCUACCCCCACCUCCACCCCAUGCUUAGUCAGGGGUCUCAAGACAUUGGUCUCCUAGGCCACCCCCUUUGUCCCUAGGGCUGCUCAGCUGUCUAAGAGAGGCCCCACCCGGAGACAAUGCUCAGCUUUCUCUUGCCAGACCUAACCCCCCAGACUCCAGAAUUCAGCCUGGGCUGGGGGCGGCUCCCCAGAGACCCGGUGGAAACCUGUCUGCAGCCUCUGUGGUGACCAGCGGCUUUGUGUGUGGGUGGACCCAGGAGACCUGAUCAGCAUUCGUCCCCAGCCCCCUGUGGGGCCUCGGGGCCCCCUGAAACCUUCAGGACGGAGUCAGACGGGGCGGGCACCAUGAACAAGUUACGACAGAGUCUGCGGCGGAGAAAGCCAGCCUAUGUGCCUGAGGCAUCGCGUCCACACCAGUGGCAGGCGGACGAGGAUGCGGUGCGCAAGGGCACAUGCAGCUUCCCUGUGAGGUACCUGGGCCACGUGGAGGUAGAGGAGUCCCGGGGGAUGCAUGUUUGUGAAGAUGCCGUGAAGAAGUUGAAGGCGAUGGGCCGGAAGUCUGUGAAGUCUGUGCUGUGGGUGUCAGCUGACGGGCUCCGAGUGGUGGAUGACAAGACCAAGGACCUUCUUGUAGACCAGACCAUCGAGAAGGUCUCCUUCUGCGCUCCUGACCGAAACCUGGACAAGGCUUUCUCCUACAUAUGUCGCGAUGGCACCACACGCCGCUGGAUCUGCCACUGCUUCCUGGCACUCAAGGACUCCGGUGAGAGGCUGAGCCACGCUGUGGGCUGUGCAUUUGCCGCCUGCCUGGAGAGGAAGCAGCGGCGGGAGAAGGAGUGUGGAGUCACGGCCGCCUUUGACGCCAGCCGCACCAGCUUCGCCCGAGAGGGCUCCUUCCGCCUGUCGGGUGGCGGCCGGCCCGCGGAGCGCGAGGCUGGGGACAAGAAGAAAGCAGAGGCAGCCGCUGCUCCCGCGGUGGCUCCUGGCCCUGCCCAGCCUGGGCAUGUGUCCCCGACACCAGCUACCACAUCCCCUGGUGAGAAGGGGGAGGCAGGCACCCCAGUGGCUGCAGGCACCACUGCCGCUGCCAUUCCCCGGCGUCAUGCACCUCUGGAGCAGCUGGUUCGCCAGGGAUCCUUUCGUGGGUUCCCAGCGCUCAGCCAGAAGAACUCCCCCUUCAAACGGCAACUGAGCCUGCGGUUGAAUGAGCUGCCGUCCACACUGCAGCGCCGUACCGACUUCCAGGUGAAGGGCACAGUGCCUGAGAUGGAGCCUCCUGGUACCGACAGCGAUGGCAUCAAUGCUCUGUGCACACAGAUCAGCUCAUCGUUCGCCAGUGCGGGAGCGCCAGCAUCAGGGCCCCCGUCCGCCGCAACAGGGACUUCUGCCUGGGGUGAGCCCUCUGCACCCCCUGCAGCUGCCUUCCAGCCUGGGCACAAGCGGACACCUUCAGAGGCUGAGCGAUGGUUGGAGGAAGUAUCCCAGGUAGCUAAAGCGCAGCAGCAGCAGCAGCAGCAGCAGCAGCAGCAACAGCAGCAGCAGCAGCAGCAAGCAGCCUCCAUGCCACCGAUGGCCACCAUGGCCCCCACCCUUCCACCCUUUUCUGCCCCAGUGGGGCCCUUUGACACUGCAGCUGCCCAGGUGGCUGUGUUCCUGCCACCCACACACAUGCAGCCUCCGUUUGUGCCCGCCUACCCAGGCCUGGGUUAUCCACCCAUGCCCCGGGUGCCUGUGGUGGGCAUCACACCUUCACAGAUGGUGGCCAACGCCUUCUGCUCAGCUGCCCAGCUCCAGCCCCAACCUGCCACACUGCUUGGAAAAGCCGGGGCCUUCCCCCCACCUGCUGCACCCAGUGCCCCUGGUGGCCAGGCCCGUCCACGUCCCAAUGGGGCCCCUUGGCCCCCAGAGCCAGCGCCUGCCCCAGCCCCUGAGUUGGACCCCUUCGAGGCCCAGUGGGCAGCAUUAGAAGGCAAACCCGCUGUGGAGAAGCCCUCCAACCCUUUCUCCGGUGACUUGCAGAAGACCUUCGAGAUUGAACUGUAGCCCAGGUUGCCCUACGCCCACUCCAUCAGCCCCAGGUGUACCACACUCAGGAGGGGAGGCCCAGCCUCUCCCCUGUUGCCGCUCCCCGGGCUGCGCCCCUCACCGCUCCCUUUAAGCCCUUCUCUCCGCCCACCCCUCACAAACCACUACAGAACCAAUAUUGUGAUGCCUAGGUUGCACCAAGAUGGAAUUCAGGGAUGGACCCAGCCUGGCUAAGGGAACCAUUUCACUGCCGGACUUAGGCUGGCGAUGCCCCUUCCCUGGCCCCAGACACGGAAUGCCCUCGGUUCAAGCUACUUUCCCCAGUUUCUUCCACCUCCAGUGUUGGGCAGGAUGGAGGAGGGUUGUCCACUUAGGGGCGCUUCUGGGCCCACCUCAAGUCUGGUCAUCCCCUCCCCGCCCCAUACACACAGCACAAGCCAAGGGCUUCCCCUCUGCCCACGCUGCGUUCACUGCCAAUGCUGUGCUUGCCCAGCCCCCUCCCCCAUUCGGGGGCCAUGUCUUCCGGAGGGCCGAGGAAUCACGGGGUGGGGCCCGAUUGGGGACCCAGGAGAGGGGGAGGGGGGAGGGAUGAAGACGCUCAGUUACCUCAUGUUGGUGCCCGCUGGGGAAGGGUCCCAGAAGAAGAGGAAGGGGUGCCUGGCGGGUACUUUUCUAUCUUUUAUUUCCAGAUUUUUUUUGUAUCUAAACUUGCAGAUUUGUAUUAUACAAGGACAGCCAAUAAAGGAAAAAUAUAAUGGUGGCCAUUGGGAAA